UGUCCGUCUGUCCAGCACUAUGAAGCCUGUUCCCCUGAUCCUGCUCCUUGCCACUGUUCUCCUCAGCUCUCACAUCCCCCCCAGUGUCUGUCGACCACGGGACCUGGCAAUGUUCGACGGCCACGGCUACAAGAGUCAGCUGGACGAGGUGUUGCUGAAGGCUGGUGAUAACGCCAUUUCCUACCUUAUAGGAGAAAAGAUACUGAGGUAUUUGCAAAGAAAUCCCCGGUUGCAGGCAGGUCUCCCGCCACAGUUUCCCUUUGAGGUGACGCCCCUGGGCUCGAGGGGUCUUGGUCACCUGGCGCGCAGUUUGCCGCUCUUGGAGGAGCAGCGCGCGCCUGAGGAGGGCAACAGCCUGGAAGAGUUCGUGGAGCUGACCAAGAGAAACGACGACCCCCCGAUCUCCAUCGACCUCACUUUCCACCUUCUGAGAAAUAUGAUCGAAAUGGCGAGGAUCGAGAGCCAGAAGGAGCAAGCGGAGUUAAACCGCAAGUAUCUGGAUGAAGUUGGAAAAUGAUACAGCAAGUGUCGUCAACAAGUGAGAAAAAAUCCAGAUAAAACAUCUCACAGAAAACAGCAAAGCCCCUGGCACUCUCAGACCCACGAAAUAGUUUAGAUUUUGAUUUAACCGUUGGUUUCUCUGCCAUUCUUCAUCAUAAGAUGCAUAAAAAUAACUUCCCCACCUGUCCAAAAAGCCUUUCAAAAAUCAACGGGCAAUAAAUUAUUGACUGCCAAGAAGACCCCAUCUACAAUGGAAUCAUAGUGAGGCGCCUUGACAACUAUUCCCUAACAUAUGGCAUAGUGUGAAUACUCCGGAUCUCACACCUCUAUAGUGUAUUCUCACCUUUGGAUGUCCGGAGCAUUGUAGUUGGCCUACAACAAUAAUAUUGCCAGACACAAAUUGAGUUACAAGUUGCCCUCAUGUGGAAUAAGUGCAACAUGUUUUGUUAGUCGUAGUCUAAAUGGUUGGUACUAGGUAAAUAACAAAGGCAGGUAGGCUAGUCAUUGU